AUGUCGGAAUACGUUCAACUAAAACCACAAAGGAAGAGUGUUGCCGUUGCAUUGGACAAAGAAAGAUUUUCGUCACGUUCCAUAGCAAAAAGAAUAAACUCUUCGCAAUCGACUGUUGUUCGACUACUGAAUAAGUUAAAGAGCACCGGAAGCACAUUAAUAAAGAGUAGAAGUGGUCGACCACGAAUAUCCAAUGCAGCGCAGGACAUGUAUUUGAUACAACUCAGUCUUCGGAACAGAAAAUCAUCUUCCACAGACCUUAGAACAGCAUGGGAAAACGAAUCGAUUGUUCAUGCAUCCACGUCUACUGUACGAAAACGACUGUGUGGUGCGUGUUUGAUGGCACGUCGACCACGAAAGAAACCAUUCUUGAGCCAAAAAAAUGAGGAAACAGCGUCUAGACUGGACAAAAGCUCACCAAAGGUGGACUGUCGAUCAAUGGAAAUCAGUUGUGUUUUCGGACGAGACCAAAUUUAA